AUGCAUCAAGAAUUGGUUGAGGAGUUAAACAAAAGAGGGCUCAAUGAAAAUUGGAAUCCAAAACCUAUUCAUCCUUCAUCAUCUAAAUCUAAAUUGGAAAAGCCUGAUAUCAUCAAAAUAUUUAUUGACAUGUAUAAAGGAAAUAGAGAAAUAUUUGUCAACGAAUAUAGAACGAUAUUAGCAGAAACGCUUUUGAAGAAUGAAACAUAUGAAACCAAUAACGAAGCUAAAAUGGUAGAAUUAUUGAAAAUUAGAUUCGGAGAAAAGAAUAUGCAAAAUUGUGAAAUCAUGCUGAAAGAUAUAUCCGAUUCGAAAUUUCUCAACUCUGGAAUUCAAGGAAGGCUUGCAAAUAGAAUUGAUUACAUUGAAUUAUCCAAUGAAAAUCUUGCUGAGAUUACCAUUCAACCUGAUUCACAAAUUCCAAGCGUGUUUAUGUUAUCAAAGAACUAUUGGCCUCAACAACUAUUUAACCAACAUUCCUCACUACAAGUUCCACAAUCGGACGAAAACAAUACCACUAUUCAUUUACACCCAUUUGUUGAACAAUUAAUGGAAGAGUAUGCUUCUCAGUAUAAUGCAAUCAAAGCACCUCGUAAGCUGUUAUGGGAAAAACAAUUAGGUUCCAUUGAUUUUGACAUUGAAAUUGGUGGAGAGGUAGUUUCAUUUGUUGACAUUCAUCCAAUAUCAGCUUCGAUUCUCUUCCAUUUUUCUGACAGAAAUGAGUGGUCCAUGAGAGAAAUGUGCGAAUUAAUGAAUGUUGAUGAGAAACAAUUCCAAAAGAGAAUUUCUACCUGGACAAAGCGAGGAAUCAUUGUGGAAAAUGGAGAUAGUCUUAAAUUGGUCGACAGUCUAUCAUCACUCAAUACACAAGUUGAAGAUGACAAUAUGGAUGAAUCGUCGGCAGUGCAGAAUCCUGAGGAGGCUAUGCGCGUGUAUCAAGACUUGAUUAUCGGAAUGCUCAACAACUUUGACAGUAUGCCUUUAUCGAAAAUUCAUAACAUGUUAGGAAUGUUUCCUUUAGAUCCUCUCCCUCCAUUUGAUAAGUCCUUGACUGAGCUGGGAGCUUUUUUGGGUAUUUUAGUGAAAGAAGGGGUUCUAGAGUGUGACAGUGGAGAAUAUCGAGUUAAGAAUUAA